UACACCAACCUAAUCACUGAGAGAGACCAGUUACAGACCAGUUACAACACCCUGACUGUUGAGAGAGACCAGUUACAGACCAGUUACACCAACCUAAUCACUGAGAGAGACCAGUUACAGACCAGGUACACCAACCUAAUCACUGAGAGAGACCAGUUACAGACCAGUUACACCAACCUAAUCACUGAGAGAGACCAGUUACAGACCAGUUACACCAACCUGACUAUAGAAAAACAACAGCUACAGAUUAAAAUUUUGCAAAUAGCAAACAAAAAGGAAGAACUACAAAGCAGCUACAACACUGUGAGAAACCAGAUGGACCUUUUGCAGAAGGAGAAAAACCGAGUUCAGCAGAAGCUGAAUGACAUACGUGCACAAAAUGAGAUGGGAUGGUUGUACUUCAGGUCCAGUCUUUAUUACAUCGCACUUGCUAAUAAGAACUGGUAUGAUAGCAGACGGUACUGCAGACAGAAAGGUGCUGACCUGUUGAUCAUAAACAGCAGACUGGAACAGGAUUUCCUCUCCAGUUUUUUAGGCACAAAUGAGGGAAAUAUGUUUUGGAUUGGUCUGACUGACAGUGACCAAGAGGGCUCAUGGAAAUGGGUGGACGGCUCAGCACUGACCACUAAGUACUGGCACAGUGGAGAACCAAGUAAUACGGGCGAUGAAGACUGUGUAGAGUUUUAUCCAGACAAAAAGAUGUGGAACGAUCUGCGCUGCUCUCUAAAACGUUGGUUUGUCUGUGAGAAAAGUGCGGAUUGAGACUGUAAUACAUGCUUAACACAUUUUAUCAUAGAAUUUCAUAAAAUUUCAUUUUUUUCCCACAUGCUCAACUUCAUAUAAAUAUCCCUGUUGUCCUGCCCAAAGUUACGUAUUUGGGUAAUUUGUCUUAGAGUAUCAGGUUCUGCCAUCUACUGGCAGUAUGCCUGCACUGCAUUGCAAGUGCAACAAUAUUUUGCUUUGUUUUUUGUUAAGUGAUUAAUGACUUUAUUAAAGCUUCCUUAAAAAUGAAUCAUUUUUUUUUCAUCACACUGUACCCCGUAUUAAUCAUGACUAUCUGUGGUUAGAGGUAUUUGCUAUUUCACAAUGGUGUCUUAACAUGUUGGCUCUUUGUCGGUUGUAAUUUGUGUCAAAUCAAGUAACUUGGUUCAGCAUCUGAGUUACAGAGUUACAUGGUACCAGCAUUACAUGGCCAUUUCGGUACCGCUUUAUUCUGAGUGGUCCUCGGUAGAUGAUUAGUGAAGCAGCAGUAGUCAAGAUGAAGCGACACAACAUUUGGCAAGCCCUAGGUAUAGAGGUAGAUAAGGACAGCCCUGAUUCUGAUGUACAGAAGAUGUCUACAAGAAGAGUGCAGCACCAUCAAAUGAGAGAAAACGUCUUGAAGCGUGGCUCAUGAUCUUAUGUCCUAAAAGAUGUGGAACAUGACCUAACUAGUUUGUACACUUAGUUUCAAGAUGGGCAAAGGUGUAGCCACACAGUGCAUCUAAGUGCAUUAAAAGCACUGGUCAUUGUACUGAGUGUAAUGCAAAACUGUGCAUUUCCAGUGAGAUGCUGCCAGAGGUGAGCACACCAGCAGUGCUAAAAUGCAGAACUGAUGGUAUCUGAUAACUGAUGAGAGUCUUCAAACUGCAGAAGCCAAACACAUGCUACUGUAUCUGGAGAGAAAAGCAUGCAUCUCUGAAGAACUCUGGGAGGGUAAAAACUGCAGAGGCAUACAAGAUGAUAGCACUUGUUGAUCAAGAGCACAGCCACUGACCAGGCCUGGCUACAUUUAGAAAAGCAUAAAAGCAAGAGGGAUAAGGAGGUAGAACCCAAAAAACUAUAUUCUUUCCUUACAACUAAUGAAAGACAAGGUUGGAUGAAUGAGAGUCUUUGAAUGAUUCUCAACAGAGCUUUAUACUGACAUUUGGAUGUUCUGACUGGAUUGCCUUUCUGUUCUUUGCCACUGAAUAAAGCUUAUGGUGUAUCUGUAGCUAUUUUGCCAGGUUAUCACUGCUGGACUUUGAGUUUUUGCUACACUGCACAACUGUGCAGUUUUGCCUAUUAUUAUUGCCUUGACUCUGUUACAUCCAUGUAAUGCCAGUCACUCAGCAUCACUCAUUGCCCUUGCUACAUCCACUGCUCCUCAAGAUCUGGACUCACUGUUUACUAUGCAUUGGACUCAGUUAUCCCAAACAUCUGGAUGGUCGGGACCAACAAACUACCGCCCCCUCUAGCACUCAGCAAAUCAACUUUAAUGUCCUUCAUCCUCUGCCUCGCUCCUCUUCACUGCCCAUCCCAACUGACUUCAGAACUUGCAACAGACUCAAAGUUUUGUUUUUUCUUUCUGAGUCAUGGCAGAAACCAGGAGAUUACCUCCAUCUGAAUACAUUGCUACCUAAUGGCAACAUUUAUCUACCUUGGUCCCAUGGAAAAGGUGGCAGUCUGGCUGUUCUCUUUAAUAGUACACUCAAAAUGAACCUC